AUGGAGUUUUCUGAGACUUUUGAGCUCUUGCAAAUGCUCAAAGGCCCCAAAUCGCACGAUCAGCCAAAUAUUCUAUCCUGCAGAAGUGAUCGUUUCUCUGACUGCGCUGAAAAAAUGAUCCACUACUCACAAUUAGAAACAGAAAUUUUAGGACAGUCCCCUUUAAACUGCUUUGCUACCAGCUCUCAAAGUACUCAAGGCGAUACUUAUUCAGAUGGCAAUUUUAAUGAGCCUGAAUCUCCAAUUACAAAUUUUACAGAAUCCAAGGAAGAAAGUAACAAUUAUCAAAACCAUGAAGAAAUCGUAAAAACCUUCCAAAUGGUAGGAAAAAGCAAUAUUGCUUUAAAUUAUGAAUGCAGCGAGCUUGUCAUGCUGAAGGUUUAUUUAUUUUCGCUUUAUGACUAUAUCGAGAUUUCUCUUCCGAGGACAAACACAAUUGGGCAGCUUAUUGGGAAAAUUUUAGCUGCUUAUAAGCAGGAUAUAGCGAGAGAAAUUCCAUUGCCAAGUGGAGCGAUUCCUGAAGCGUAUGGGAUAUGGGUUAUAAGUGGGGAAAAUGUUUCAAAUGAAAUAUCACUUAUGCUGGAUAGAUCUUCAAAGGUUUCUGACUGCUCGAAUUCUAAUUUGAUUUUUUGCAAUAUCCCAGGGUUCAAAAAUAAAAUAAGGCGCUCUACAGUUUUACUUUCGAGUAAAAAUAUUUCUGGGGUUUCUCUAAAAAUAAAUUAUGAAGGCUUUUGUGUUCCUGUUUAUGUGGGCCCAAAUGUCACCCUGAAAAACCUACUUCAAACUUUAGAAAGAAAAUUCCCAGAAAGAGGCUACUACAACCCAGAUGAGUAUGAGUUCAAAAUUAGCGUCCCAAUAGAAUUUUCUAUCAGAAAAGAAGAAUGCAUUGUUGACAUGAACUUUACUGUUAGCACUUUAAGGACCAAUGAGCUGUGGCUUUGCAAAAAAAAUUAUAAAGACUCACCAAUAAUCAGUGAGCCAGCAAAGAAGAUCCAUAGUGAAAUUACUAAAGAGCAUGAAGAAGACCAUGAAAAUUACAAACCUUCUAUGUUUAACGACAAUUACCAUCAUGGCAGAUGACAAUUUUGCUGCAGGAGCGACAUUUUGCAAAAUACCAAUAUUCGGGGAACGUAAAAUUAAAAACGGUGACCCGAAGAGCCACGGAGUCGCAGGUGGCGAUGUUCUGGGGUGGGAAGCAGAUUUGGGCUGACUGAACCUCUCCCUCGGCCCACAGGCAAGAAGCUGACAGCACAAUGCUAUUUCGAGCACUUUAGGAGGAGCAUUAAUUUGCCUGGAAAUAGCAAGGGUAGUUCCAGAAGAAGGCAUUUGACGAUUCCCUAAUACCCUGAGCACUGCCAGGGGUUAAGAGAGUCCCUGCCACAAAUUUGGCAAAGCAAUCUCAUGUGAGUCUCCCCGAAAGAUUGCGACGUCGAUAGAAAAGCGCGUAAGCUGGGAUUAGAGCUUAAAACUACUGGAGCGUGAAGCUAAUCAGUGUAAGGGUAAAGGUUGCAAUAAUUCCCGGUGACCCCCUUCUAAUCUAAUCUUUCUCUAUGUUCAACAUGUCAAAAUCUCAAGCCUGCGCUUACAAGGAAUACAUAGUCAUCAAAGUAAACAAAUGGGGCAGAAAACAAAAACGAAUUUUAGGAAUUGAUCAAUUAAGAUUAUAUAACAUGACAGAAUCUCAGGCUAAGCAAGCAAUAAAGCAACACGCGCUGACAUCAUCAGCAAAAAAUGUGCUUUUUAUGAAAUUCCAAGGGUUAUAUAAAUCAGUUACUCAUCACCCAGAAAUCCCAAUAAGCAGUAUCCAACGAAUUGAUCAAGACCAUUCGAAUUUAGCUUGUUUUCAUAUUGAGUACAUAGAAGACAACGAGCUGAAACGCAAGCUAUACGAAACUGAGUCAUCUGCAAUAGCUUCUGAAAUAAUUGCAAAAAUUUUAAAAAUAAUGUCAAUGAAUGCUGCAGACAAUCAAUGGCAUGGCGAUUAG